AUGGAAUUAUUGGUUUUUCUUGGUACUGAUAACCUGGAUGACUGGUGCUACAGAAAUGAGAUCUCGAAGAGUUCAAAGUUCAAGGUGGAAUGUUUGCUAUCAGCAAAACUUCAGAAAUUAUGCGAGAAAUUCGUCCGACCUCAGCAUAAGAAUGGCUUGCAAACAGUGUCCGAAUCUCUACGACGAGUUAGAAGGAUUAUGAAUAUGCCUUCUGUUGGAUACAUCCAGUCCUCACAAUUUGAACGACCAAAUCUCUCCACAAGUAAAUAG